CGCCUUCCUUAAGAGAUGAGGGGGGGUGAGGUAAACCGGGUAGAGGAGGAGGAGGAGGAGGAGGAGAAGACGAAGGGGGGGAUUUCUUCAGACCGGAACUGGCAGCGAGCCGAGUUACAACGGCACCGCACUUAAUUAAACUAUUGUAGCUUCAUGUGUAUGCAUGUCAUGUAGGUAUGGGCUGGGUAUGGUAAUGUAUGGUAGGUACAAUACAUACAUUAGCUAGGUAAAUCUUGAGUGAAGCAUCUCCCAAUGUGGCAGCUGGUUGUGGUUUUGAGUGCUAUGUGCUGCAACGCUAUUCCCUGCUUGCCACCUGGCUAUAAGCUAAGGCUUCUUCACAUAGUAGCAAUGCCUACACUACGCUACCUACCUAUAUCAGCCAUUGUGUAUGUCAGGUCCUAUCCAUCGUCGCUGGUGCUAUUCCUAGAUAAGGGUCAACAUCCAUGUCGUCCACGCUUUUUCCCGUCCAUCGUCGGGCUUCUCCAUAUGCCAUCCUCGAGGCGAUGUCGCAUUACACAUAGCUACUAGUCGGCCGCGUGAAUCGGAAUGGUCGUAACAUAUGUCAGGUCGGAUGUGAUGCUACCUACCUGCCUACAUUCUAUACAACGCUGAAGGGGACUCCACGUUUCUUGAAAUUAGUUCAAGUUAAGCUGGGGAGAGAAACAUAUGGCUAGCGUAGCAGGUUAAGACAGUAUCACAUCACAGCCGGAUAUCACCAACA